UCAUCAUUUCUAUUAAUUCUCUUACACAUAUAUCAAACCCUGUAAAAGAAAAAAAAAAUUGUUUUCGUUUUUAUUCGAUAUCGUGAAGAUGGGAUCAAGUCAAAGCAUGGGAGGUUCAAAGAGAAGGGCGUCGAGUAGGGGACUUGGAGCUGUUCUUAAAGAACAAAGAGCUAAGCUUUACAUCAUUCGAAGAUGUGUCGUCAUGCUUCUUUGUUGGAACGAUUGAUUUCUCUGCGAUAUACUCUCGUAUCAUUUUGAUCAAGAUCGUUCUGUAUAAAAGGGAUUUGUUGGCUGGAUAUAGGACUCACCAUGAUGUUUGGAGCUUAAGCGGGUCGGUUCGGAUCCUAGUCUGGUGCCAGAUUGUGGAGUAGUUAAAUGAUUUUAAGGUUAGGUGUCUCUACUGGUUAGCAGAGUCGUGUUCUUUUGGAGCAAUAUUGUAAAUAUUGACGGCAUAAUACAGAGAGUUGAUAAAA